AUGAAAGUGCCUAACUUUAUUGUUGCGCAUGUCAUUUUUUCUUUCAGCACAACCAGGUGGUACAACCGUUGUUGUGGCUCAACCAACAGUGCAGGCAACGAUGAUUGUGAGUGGUGCGACACUUGGAACACACCCCUGCCACACAAUGUGCCCGACCUGUCGCGCCAAUGUGGUUACAACGACCAGUCAUCACAUUGGUGGGCUUGCCUGGUUACUGUGUAUAAUAAUGUGUGUUGUGGGGUGAGUAUCUUCUUAAAGCCAGGCCAGGCCUCAUUUUUCCGUGAGCAUUUUGGGCGAGUCGGCUAAUAAUCUAAUACAGUAAGCACUUGCCUCACGUGUACCUUGCAAGCGAAGGAUACUACCGAGCAAGUUCACGGUAUGCUUAGGUAUGGUUAGUACCCGUGAUCUUUCCAAAUGUACAACAUCAGGGUAUCAGAUUGAUGUGAGAGUGACCAUGGUUGAAACCUUCUUCAAAUAAAUGUUAAGGUUGUGAUUAAAACAGUUAAUUUGAUUUUUGGAUGUAUAGGCUAAUAACCUGCGUGUAUUUCUUUGGAAUUUGACAGCCUGAUCAUACGUAUUUCAAAA